AUGCCCCACAAUUUGAAUUCCGCUUCCGUCAACUCCGCCGUCAACACGGGACCGAAUCACCAGGUCUACACCCAACAACUUUAUCACCGACAGAACGGAGAUGGACUUCAGCCAGAGAAAGAGCCGGUGGAGUUCGACACGUCGCAUCUGCGUGGUGCACCGGCCGAGGUCGAGGCACUGGUGCACAACAUCAAAGAAGUUGCGCAACAGUUCCUCUAUCACUGGAGAACAUUCCCUAUUGUCCUCCCGCCGCCAUUAUCCACAUGUACAGAGGGCGAAGACACGCUGGCGAGGAAGAAACACCAUUUGAAGGAUCUGUUCGUCGCACCCAGCUUCGACGAGCUAGACUCAGUUGCCGUGGAUAGCAAGGGUGAACCAAGGAGGUUGACCAAGAAGCAGCUGGAAAGCAUCAGCAAAAGAGGGGAAUUUGAGGUGGAUUCGAUCAAUUUCGCUGGACAGACACACCGAUGGAGAUUGAGUGGUCUCCUUCAGCGUGGACGAGACAGAAGGCGAGACGCUCUGCUCCGGGAUCUUGCUUUAGCGACUAGAUUCCUCGUAGUCACGGCGAAAGCCAGGCUAGUCUCCCACUGCUUCAGUGUUUCACAAUCUCUGAAGGCGUUACUGACAGGGCUGCUACGGCUUCUUGCCUGAGUAUGAAGACUCCCUGGAGCUUCUGUGUGGUUUCGUGCGGAAACAGCUUCGACGAGCGACGAUGGAGAAAUUCGAGGUGGAGAGAGAAUUGUCGCAACUACUACCUAUCCCAGUUCCUUUCGUAUUUGGAACGCCUGCUGGAGCAGUUGUCGACCUUAGAUUAUUUAGCAGAGACAUUAUCAGAAAAGCUUUGCCGAUCCUAGUUGCUAUUUUGGAGAGAGAAACACGAGGCUGGUUUCUUCAUUUCAGAGAAAGACUGAUAUCUGAGUUGAGAGCGCGGAAAAAACCGGACGAAGAAAUAGAAAGGGAAGUGAACGAAGCUGUUAUGCGAGAAUACUUGCAACGAGUGUUCUCCAAUAUUUUAUCGCAUCCAGAUAUACUUGAUCUUGGUAGCGGAAUCGCUCAAUUGUUGGUUCAACAAGCACAAUCGGUCGUACUGAUGCAUCGAGCCGUGAAAACUGUACAACGUAAGCUACUGCAAACGAAAGAGGCACUAAAACGCCAUAUAGAGAACGAGCAUCCAGUUCUGUCACGAAUAGAACCAUGGAUGCGCGAUAGAAUGAGAGAGGUCGAGGAGAAGUUCAUCGAAGAGUGCGAGUGGAGCGCACACGAAGAAGCUCUCACACUGUGCACUCAUCAAAAUUUACAGCAAACAGUCUACUUUCUUAAUCGCGAUUUAACUUUUAUGAAAGAGAGUUGCGCAAAGUCAAAACACCGACAAGGAGCUUCCAGUGGCCAACCCAGAUAUGGCUUCCAAAAAACUGGAUCAUCAGACGCAAUUUUCAAGGCCAAUCUGAGAUCAUACCAACGGUUCUUAGUAACACUCCGACAUCCAUCACGACACCUCGCGCAGAUCCGAGUCAGCCUGUGGCCUAUGUGGCGUUGGAUUAACUACGUAGCCAGGACGUGGUGUUGGACUUGGAAUGCAAUGUUUUUAUUAGGCGUGGCAGUGCCGUGGUGUAGUCCGGUCUCCAUACGAGCUUUGCUACUCGUACAACCCUUUACUCCCGAUCUAGAAUUGAGUCAAUUGAAUGGAACCUUGUUUCCUAGAAAGUCAUCUCAAAUGCCUACUCUUUGUUCUCGGUUGAUAGCACUUUGGAGACAUAUUAGCAAAAGCCGGACACACUUUGAAACGGAACCGGACACUGGAUUUAUUGGAAAAGGAAUGACAAGACAUUUAAAUAGAUUAUGGAAUUAUGGUGUGAAAGGUCUCUUAGGAACACUCAUCAUAUUAUUUGUUUUUCCUGUCGUUUGUAUAGUCACCAGUUUAGGAUCACUUCUUAUUGCGCUUACUGCUGUUUUAUGGAUGCCUUUGAUUACUUUAGCGUUGCAUGCAUUCAUGGCUCUCAUAAUGGAUUUGGAUAGCCCAGAAUCAAGUAGAAAUCGAUAUUUGGUCAUUAUGGAAGCGUUAGUUUGGAAUAUCGGUAUACAAGGCUGUCUGCAACCGAUCGCCGCGUUAAUUGUAGCUCUUAUUUUGUGUCCUAUUAUUUCUUUUGUGAUACUUACAGUUGCUGUGAUACGUUAUUGGAUUAGAGUGGUCUGGGACACGACUAUGUUCCAUUUAGUAAUAAAAAACAGAGGUCGCAUACCUGCCAGUGAUAGCUUUGUGGUUAAAAGAAUAGCUGGACCAGGACUAACUUCUGAUUAUUAUUAUCAAAUUAAGCCUGAGCAAGCUUUAGCUGCGUUCGAAGCAAAACUAGAGCUAGACGAAUUGUUAGCCUUUCAGCAAGAGACAGAACGAUUAAUUACCCAACCUCAGAGGGACUUCACUCAAUUCGUAGAAGCUUGUUUUGGUCCGUUCGCUGCUAGCCUUGCCAAAAUGAAAGAUCCGUACAAAUCGUUGGAGAAAGAAGCCAAAGAUCUGAUAGCCGUGUUACACGAAAAAUUAGAUAGGCGUAGAAAAAAUUUGCAGACUGGUCUCGGAAUGGUCGUGAGAAGUAAAAUAAAGCUUACUACCUUUGAUUUGAAGGUGGUGAUACAACAAGGGGCACUUAUGCUGGAACGCCUUUAUCCUAGUCAUGUGUUCGCAAGAUUAUCAGGAAACGAGGAAGAUUUCUGGGAGAACAAAGGUUUAAGCAUCGGUGACUGGGCUGGUUUGGCUGGCCUCAUGUACGCAGACAUUUUUAGUUUAAAUUUCCUUCAGCCUCUCGACGAUGCAGAUACGAAAUUCAGACUGGAACCACAUCCGGGAGUCGAUUUGUCGCGUUACACAGACAUGGUUCAUAGCACCGAAAUCGGUGGGACUAACGGGCCGGAUUUGCUUGGUGCGGUUUACGCACCCCGUGGAAAUAUACAAGUUUAUAGCCCUUAUCUAGAAGUUUCAGCUUUCAAUCCACGAGCCAAACAGACUAGUAACAGCAGAAAAUCUGAUAAACGAUGAAGACGCACAACAUCUACAAGUGGCACAACAGAGACACGUUGGCAGCCGUGGAAGCGACAAAUUCGUCCUUACAGUGCAGAAAAGUUGCUCAUUCCGCUUCCCAUUCCACAUCCAGCACACAUUGCUGUUACCAUUCAUAAUCGCGACUCGGAGAGUCCGAUUCCCCUCGAUUCGGAACUUUGUCAGAAUAUAUUGAAAGCGAUCGAAGAGUCGCCUGGUGAAAUGUCCACCGAGUAUGUUAGCCGUUACAGGGGAGCUGCAGAUUCUAGUUUCGAUUCGGUAGCUUCGCAUUCUUCGGUUUCUAUUGAAACUGGCUUGGACAAAGAUAAUGAGACACAGGAAACGACAAAUAUCGAUAAGGAGGGUGAAACUUAUCACUGGACGCUAUCGAAUUGGGGUGGUGGUAUGACGAGAAGAAGGAACAAUUCUGGAUCUAUAAAAGUUGAUCUGGCAUCUCCAGAAGACGUUACUCUGGACACAGAUACCACCAGAGUGAUGUUCAGUACGUACGGAACAACUGUUUGA